CCUCAACCACAGCAUCCUUUGGGUUUGACCUGCUGAGCCAGGGCACAUGACCCCCAAUUAGUCCUGGCAGCAUCCCCUGCCCCGCCUGCGCACAUUGGGGCACAGGCAGUGGAUAUAAAUGGUACUGGAGGCUGAAGGGCUCAGAGCCGAGAAGUCCCAUUCAGCAUCCUGGUGCAGAACUGGCAGACGCCAUGAGGACCCUCUCUCUGCUCACGCUCCUGGCCCUGGCUGCGUUCUGCCUCUCUGGCCCAGCAGAUGCAAAGCCCAGUGCCUCUGAGUCUGACAAAGCCUUCGUGUCCAAGCAAGAGGGCAGCAAAGUAGUGAAUAGGCUCCGCCGUUACCUGGGUCAUGGGCCUGGAGCCCCAGCCCCAUACCCAGAUCCUCUGGAGCCCAAGAGGGAGGUGUGUGAGUUCAACCCCAGUUGUGAUGAGCUAGCGGACCACAUCGGCUUCCAGGACGCCUACAACCGCUUCUACGGCACCACUGCUUAGGGCACGGGUUGCCCUGGGGCCAGAUGGCAGCCUCGGCUUUGGCUACUCUCCAGGACUCCACUCUCCCUGUUCCCUCUCCCUACCCUGGGUGGCACAGCUGCUCCAGAAUAAAGUCCAG